AUGGCGAUGGAUAGUAACGUCGUUGCACAAGAAGCAGCCAUCAGCACUCUGUGUUCUUUCUUGGAAUUUGGUGGCCCUAAUGCAUGCACAAGGACCAGACAAGCUCUUGUUGGACCAUUGUGUGAAAAGGGGUUAUCUUCUGCAAGAGCGGGAACCAAGCAAAAGUCUAUAAACGCGCUUCUUUGGUAUGUCGAGCUCGAUAAGGCCGAUCCAGUUAUUGAGUCUCUGAUCCCAUUUUUGAGCGCUAAAUUACCAAAGCUUGUGGCUGGUGUUGUUGGGGCAUUGAAUGAAAUUUACAGGAGUUUUGGUUGCAAAGUGUGUUCUCCGAAACUGGUGCUAGAUGCUUUACCUCAACUGUUUGGCCACGCAGAUAAAAAUGUGAGAGCAGAAACAACUAAUCUCUCCAUAACAUUAAGAUCUUACAUGGGAGAUGUUUUUGAGUCACUAAUAUUUGAAAAGCUGAAGCCAAUCCAACAGAAAGAUCUUACUAAAGCCUUUGAAAAGAUAACAGAGAACCCUUCUCCAUCGAGACUUUUGAAAUCGCAACAGGCAUUAGCCAACCAGGCUGAAAAUAGUACGGAUGAUGUAUCAAUGCAAGAUGCAGAAGAUGAACCAAGCCCGGCUUUAAGCGCAUUCGAUCUGGCUAACCCUGUGGACGUUUUAUCAAAAAUUCCUUCUGACUUCCAUUCUAGAAUUGAAUCAUCAAAAUGGAAAGAUAGGGUUGAAGUUCUUGAAGAGGUUGCCAGUGAAUUUAAAGCCCCUAGAUUCAAAGAGGAUGACUACACGGACUUGCUGAGGAUUUUGAGUAAGUGUUUGAAAGACGCAAACGUUCAAGUGGUUACCAUCGCAUCAAACAUUAUUGAAAAUCUGGGUAAGGGAUUGCAGUCAGGAUUCCACAGAUACAUUUUUCUUUUGAUUUCACCACUCUUGGAACGCACGAAGGAGAAGAAACAGAGUGUUUUAGAUGCUUUAUCCGGAGCCCUUGAUGUCUGCUACAAAUACUCUUCCCUGAGUGAGAUUUUGGAUCCUACUCUGCAGUUUAUGACACACAAGACUCCACAAAUCAAGAUUGAAAGCUCCAAAUUUCUGAUCAGAUGUUUGAAAGAGACGGAGACAAUACCUAAGAAACAGGAGCUCGAUUCUAUUAUGCAGGUUUGUUUGAAGUUAAUGUCAGAUUCUUUGGCUCCAGUUAGAGACUUGGCAUGUGAGAUUACCGCUACUUUGAUGAAAAUUGCAGGAGAAAGACAAUUUAGACCUUAUCUUGAAGGGGUUGAUUCUCGAAGAAGCAGAAAGAUUGACGAGUAUUUUGAAAGCUGUGAGGUGAAAGCCAAGGGAACUGCUCCAGUGAAGAGCUCCAAAAGCGACGUGCCACAAUCGACUAUUCCUAACAGGGUAACUAAAAAGACUUUGCUCGAAUCGGCAAUGCCUUCCAAUUUGACUCGGACAGCAGCCACAAACCUUACGAGAUCUUCUGACUCGUCGUCUUCGUUGACUUCCAGAAAACUUUCAAGCACAUCUACGACAAUUCCAUCGAAGCGCGGACCAACAUCACCGUUGAAAACCGCAAGCAAUACCAGUAAGAUGAACUUGACGUCAAGGACACUGAAACCUACCAACUCCCCUAGUUUCAACAGGACAUCCAAUGCUCAGAUAUCAGCCACAAGUACAGCCGACAAGCAACUUCUUGAGUCCCUAAAAGUAGAAAAGCUGAAAUGGAACCAAGAGAAGGCUGAAUUGAAUGAUCAAUUGCAGACUAAGACGGAGGAGCUCGAUCUGGUUAAAGAGAAACUUAAAGAUUAUCAAGAUAGAUUGACAGAAGCCACCAUGUCUGUGAAAUCGAAGGAUAUACAGAUUUCGAGACUUCAGAAUGAUUUAGAUCAAAGCGAUUCAAAGAUACGAGAGUUACAAUACCAGAUGCAACAAAUGCAAACGGACAAGGUGACUGUGAAACAAGAACCGGUGGAAGACUUUAGAUCAUCUGUGCGGAGUUUUGAACUUAAUGACUCCAAGUCUGAUCUCAACCGCAGAAUCUCUGAUUUGAGUAUCCAGACAUCAUUGGAGAAGGAAAACUACUUCGGAGGAAGCGCGGCCAAUUCUGCAAGUACUCGAAGCAAAUUCAGCUCUGGUCUGUACGAUGUUGAUUCCAACGAUGACAGCUGGAGAAAGGCAGCAGAGGUGACCAAUCAGCUCAAGGCAAGAAUCGAGAUGAUGAAAUCGAAAUCCAGGACAUUCAAUCAACUUUAA